AUGGCCUCCCGCUCCUACGACUUCCUCAUCAAACUCCUCCUCAUCGGCGACUCCGGCGUGGGCAAAUCCUGCUGCCUGCUGCGCUUCAGCGAAGACUCCUUCACGCCGUCCUUCAUCACGACCAUCGGCAUCGACUUCAAGAUCCGGACUAUCGAGAUUGACGGCAAGAAGAUCAAGCUGCAGAUUUGGGAUACGGCCGGGCAGGAGCGCUUCCGCACCAUCACCACGGCGUACUAUCGCGGGGCUAUGGGGAUUUUGCUGGUAUACGACGUUACGGACGAGCGCAGUUUUGGCAACAUCCGCACCUGGUUCUCAAACGUCGAGCAACACGCGACCGCAACCGUGCACAAAAUCCUCAUCGGCAACAAGUGCGACUGGACGGAGAAGCGCGCCGUCAGCACCGAGCGCGGCCAAGCCCUCGCCGACGAGCUCGGCAUCCCCUUCCUCGAGGUCAGCGCGAAGGCGAACAUCAACGUCGAGCAGGCCUUUUACAGCCUGGCCAAGGGCAUCUGGGACGAGCACAAGCAUGAGGCGGAGGAGAAGAAUCGGGGAGGCGCGGGGGGCCAGCAGGGUCAGGGGAAUACGGUGGGGAUUGGGGGGACGGGUGGAGUGGGGGGCCAGAUCCCGAAGUGUUGUUAG